AUCCACGUCAUAUCGAUAAAGAGACAUCUCGGCUCUUAAACUCGCGCAUUUAACGCUUUUACUGUAGAAAUAUAAAAUUUGCGAACGGAAAUUCGCAUAUCUUAUUAAACCAAAGAGUAUUUUUAUAAGUGAAGAAAUAUACUUGGAAGAGAUUGACUGCUGAAAAAAUUGGUGAAAAGAUGCAGAUCAAGGAUAAACGAGUUAUAGUUACUGGAGCAGCAAGUGGUAUGGGCCUUGCAUUUAGCAGGGAGUUGCUACGAAAUGGCGCUUUGAUGAUAGUUAUGAUCGAUAUACGGCAGUCUCUUGGAGAACAAGCUGUAGAGAGUUUAAAUAACGAGUUUGGCCGCAAACGAGCUGUAUUUCUCCACUGCGACGUGACGAAUAAUUCCGAAUUUGACGCCACGUUCAAAGAGGCGAUCAAUAUCCUCGGCGGGCUGGAUAUUUUAAUAAAUAAUGCAGGCGUAAUAAAUGAAACUGAUUUUUCCGAAGCCAUCGAUGUUAAUGUGACAGCUGUAAUUCGUGGGACUCUUCUGGGGAUUCAACAAAUGCGAAAGGACUCCGGAGGCAAGGGUGGUGUCAUCGUAAAUAUUUCGUCUAUCGCCGGAUUACGAGCUGUGUCUCAACUCCCGGUGUAUUCUGCUACGAAGCACGCCGUCGUUAGCUUCAGCCGUUCCUUUGCGCAACCUUAUCAUUACCAGAGGACUAAUGUAAAAAUAAUUGUUCUGUGUCCCGGUUUGGACGAUAUAUCAGUCUUGGAGGAUUUACCGGAGGGUAUUUCGAACGUUGAUAUUUUGCAGAAUUACCGACCUCAGAGGGUGGAAAGCGUAGCUCAUGGAUUGAUAUACGUAAUUCGAUGCGCGCAGAACGGCAGCGUGUGGAUCAGCGAGGAUGGAAAACCGGUUUACGAGGUGCAGCUUCCCGAUACUUUGCCGCAGAAAACCGAAGUUGACGCGGAGGCCUAUUUAUAUCCAAGUUUCAGAAUCCUUCGCCGUCGUUCUUCAGCGUCGGAAAGGGCGAAGGAAAUGGAAGCGAUCAAUUGUAUCGUUUCGGGAAAAAAUGUUCUAAUAACUGGCGGUGCGGCAGGAUUGGGCAACGCUUUUCUUAACCAUUUCUUGAAGCACGGAGCAAACAAAAUAAUUAUAUUGGACAUCGACGCUGAAACCGGUAAACGAAUCGCACUCGGCAUCGAGAAAUCUUGCGGCGAGAAGAAGGUGCACUUCAUACACACCGACGUAUCUAAUCACAAGCAAGUGGCUGAGGCUUUCAAAGAGGCAUCAUCGCUAUUAGGAAACAUUGACAUCGUGAUAAACAACGCUGGAGUUUUAGACGAGCGAAGAUGGGAGAAGGAAAUCGCUGUGAACAUUGGAGGCAUGGUCGGCACCGCAAUGCUAGCUAUGAAAUAUAUGAGCAGAGAUACGGGUGGUAACGGUGGUAUCUUGGUGAACGUGAGCCAGCAUAUGGAUAUUCGGAAUACAGCUCAACUUCCGGUUUACAGUGCCACGAAACAGGCUGUCAUCGGUCUAUCGCAGUCUCUUUCGGAUCCUUAUCACUACGAGAAGGCCGGCGUUACCGUGAUAACUUUGUGUCCAGGACUGACGGAAACCGCCCUGACAAUAGACAGCCCCAAUAGACUUCUUUCCAGAGUCAUGAAGGCGGAUUUCGUCAAAAAUCUCGAACAGUUUUCGAUACAAACGCCUUACGUAGUCGCGCAGGGCCUAAUGACGAUCUUGAGGAUCGGCGAGUGCGGCAGUAUUUGGGUUAUCGAGAGUGGCAGAGCGCCUUACGAGGUUUACGUGCCGAAUCCGCGUACUCUGCGUCGUCACUACAAGAACAACUUCCCACACGUCGAAACUAAGGUCGCGCGAGGUCGCGCGAUAAGAGAAGUCUGCGACAGCACGAGGACAGAUCUGAUGAGCUGCGCCUGA